AACAAAAAGCCGUGACUUUGCAAAGGACUGGAACUAGUCCAAGGGAAUUUCAAAGAUGGCGGAAGCUUCAAGUUCCACGAGUCACUCGAACUCUUCAAAUCCUAUUGUAUUCUUUGAUAUAGCCAUAGGAGGACAGGACGUAGGGAGAAUGAAAAUGGAAUUAUUCGCCGAUGUUGUGCCGAAAACAGCAGAGAACAUCAGACAACUCUGCACUGGAGAGUACAGAAAAGAUGGAAUACCUCAAGGAUACAAGGGGGCUAAUUUUCAUAGAGUAAUAAAAGAUUUCAUGAUCCAAGGAGGGGAUUUUGUUAAAGGUGAUGGUACAGGAGUUGCCAGCAUAUAUGGAGAUGUGGCCUUCCCAGAUGAAAAUUUUAAACAAAAACAUGAUGGACCAGGCCUUCUGUCUAUGGCAAAUAGUGGCCCAAACUCAAAUGGAUGUCAGUUUUUCAUAACUUGUGCAAAGUGUGAUUUUCUAGAUGGAAAGCAUGUUGUGUUUGGUAAAGUUGUCGAUGGUCUUCUAGUCAUGAGAAAAAUCGAGAAUGUUCCUGUGGGACCGAACAACAGGCCAACGUUACCAGUGGAUAUAUCACAAUGUGGAGAGAUGUAGAACUACGUGUAGCUGUAUUCUUAACGUGCAUGUUAUCACGGUCAUGACGUGACGUACCAACAGAUCAAAGCAACAAAAAAAUGAGAGACACUGGAAAAGAUGUGUUGUGCAGCUAACAUUGUUUUUGAUGUACCACCUUAGGGCAAUUCCUUGUCUUUCAAAUGGAAUGAACAGUCCACUCUCGUUUUUGUGUUAACUUGGCAACUUAGUGCGCUUUGUUACAAACCUAGGAUAAAUUGUAUACGACGUGUCAAGCAUGUGUACAUGGAUUGUAUCUCUGGAAUGGAAGACAGCUUAUCGAAGACUUUAAAAUUCGUUUCUGUUUGUGGUAAACAUCGCACUGGUAUUGCUGCUGGCACAAGUAAUUUUGAUAUAAUCUUUGUAAAAAUGCAGGCUUAAUGUUUCAAAUGUUUUGCGGCGCGUAGGUUCGAGUCAUCGUGUCACCGAGAGGGAGUAGACCUCACACCAUGCAAUAUAAAUUAUAGGCCGAAAACAAAGCUUGCCAUAAUGAACUCAAAGACUAGCGAAAAGUUAAGAAGUCCUUUCUGCUAUUAUAGCUCUUCCUACGUAUUCUUUGAUUAAAAACAGCUUGUCUAAUGCUC